AUGAACACUUCCAAACGUCAGCUGGGUAGAUUUCCAACCCUUCUCCUCGCUAUCACGUUUCAGCUGGCCGACGCCAGCUGUUACAACAUUCAUCAACCAAACUACGAAAGCAGAUUCGCAUGUGAACAUUCCGCUGCUGGAACGUAUUCUAAAGCGGCGGUAGCGGCUGACAACGGUGUAUGUUCUGACAUUGGAGCAGACAUACUGAAACGAGGGGGCAACGCCGUUGAUGCUGCGAUUGCGUCUGCCUUCUGCAUUGGGGUCAUGGAUUCGCAUAGCAGUGGCAUUGGUGGUGGACAUUUCACCACUAUCUACUUGAGAAAAACACAACAGUGCAUUGCCAUUAACGCCCGUGAAACAGCUCCUGCUGCUAGCACCCCGGAUAUGUUUGCAAAGGAUCUCAUGAGUUCACAAUACGGUGGAAAAUCAAUAGGCGUUCCUGGAGAACUUUAUGGCCUCUGGCUGGCCUACCGAAAGUUCGGCGGCAAGGUUGCAUGGCGAGAUUUAGUAAUGCCCACCGUUGAACUGUGCAGGAAUGGUUUCGUCGUUUCUGGUGCGUUGGCGAAGGCAUUGGACGAGGUCAAACGCUACAUCGAUUCUAGCAACAGCCUAGACGUGUUUUUCAACCAGAAGACAAAGAAAAUUUAUCAAGCUGGCGAGAUUCUGAAGCGGCCUGUUCUUGGCAGAACGCUGGAGUUAAUCGCAAAUGCCAAAGACCCUGUUCAGUUGUUCUACAAUAGUGGAAUUAUUACGGCAGAGGACUUCCGGAAUUACAAGGCUAAGGUAGAAGCUACUUUGCAAAUGCCGCUAGGCGAUGGCCUAGUGGUAUGCGGUCCGUAUCCCCCUUCGUCAGCUGUGUUAGUGAUGCAAAUUUUGAACACUUUGCAAGGAUAUGAAAUGACCCCCGAAGAUCUGCAUUUCAACGCCUCCAUGGUGUAUCACAUUAUGGCGGAAGCGACGAAGUUUGCGUACUCCAAACGUGCUAUUCUGAGCGACACAAGCUUCAGCAGUACAUCUGCCCUCAUAGCAAGAAGGAUAAUUAGCAGCAAAUUUGGCAGAAAGCUUCGAGGAAAAAUAACCGACCGCAGCCAUGAGCCAAAUUACUACGGAAGCUUCUACUCGCGCAGCAGCAGUCGAGGAACAACUCACAUAUCACUGCUCGACUCUGACGGAAACGCCGUAUCGCUCACCCUCGGCUCGAAAGUCAGGUCCACCAAAACCGGCAUCAUCUUCAACAGCAAUAUGGACGAUUUUUCAACGCCAAACUUGACGAACUACUUUGGCUUUCUUCCGUCGCCGGCGAACUACAUCCGACCGGGCAAAAGGCCGAUGUCGUCGGCGAGUCCUCUGGUCGUUUACAACGCAACCGACGGAGAAGUCAGGCUGGUCAUAGGCUCUGCUGGCGGCUCAACAAUCAUCUCUACCGUCGCACAAGUAGCGUUCAUGACACUUCAGCUGAACCAACCUUUGGAACUGGCCGCUGACCGUGCGAGAAUCCACACGCAAGUCUUCCCAGCGGGCUUGCAACACGACCCCGAUUUUUCGAAGGUAAGACGCUCAUUCAAUAGAUUGUAUCAUUCCUGCUGUAAGAAAUUCUUCAAGUGAUU